GGGAUGUUUCCCAGCUAAAAGUAAGCCGUAAAACCUGUAACCAGAGAGAGAGAGCCCGCCCUGUUGAGAGGGUUUACCCAUGCGGACAAUAUCUCCAGACUGAAACGGCACCAUGUUUGACUAUCUGGAAUUUCAAGCUUUCGGUCCAGGAGAAUUCAUGGAUUUCUACACAACAUCCAGCCCUGCAUGCAUGCUGCAGAAGCAGGACCAGGAUGACCUGGCAGACUACUUCCCCGAGCUUCUGAUGGAGGCAGAUUGGCAGCAGCACCGAUGCUCACAGUGUAGGUGGAAACUGCUGGUUAAAAUCUGAAUUAGUCAUGUUUUGGUCAGUGUCCUUGUGGAAAGAGAUGGCUUAUUAUCCUGUCAAAAGUCAUUUAUAUGAAGAAAAGCUAGUGUUAAGUAUGUUGCUCAUACUGUGAAAGUCCAUCUUGUGUAUGUAUGGUUGAUUUUGCAUCAUUAGGCCCUUAAUACUGCUAUGUCUUUGACACACUAACUCACUAAUUCAUAAAAAUUUAAUAAAUAGCACAACACCUUCAAGAGGAGCUUCAUUGACAUUUUGGGACAAGUCAAUAAUAUAGUAAAACAUUAGGAUGCUCUUCAAGACUGGAAUACAGAAUCUGAUUAUAGGUGAGAGACGGAAUAAAUCAUGGUUAAGGCUGCACAAUAUAUCACAAAUUUAUCAGUUUAGGCAUUUGCAAUAAAUGCUUAAAAAUCUUUUGUUUAUUCUGAAAAACUAAGACAUGAUUUUACAUCCCAAAUCAAUGGUUUGUGUUUAAUCUGUUAGAUGUAGGCCUGCUUCUUAUAUUGCCAUACUUUUGCACCAUUUUGAUGCAGUCAAAUGCCGUCAACUGACCUUAAAUUUAGAGCCUUUUGGAUUCAGGACAAACAUGUUGCAAACAAAGAUAAUCCCCCAUAGCAACUGGGUUAUUUCUGGCUAACAUGCAAUCUUGAAUACUUGUUUAUUUAUUAAGAACACAUGUUAGUGAUUUGGAUAAAUUAACUGCACUUUUUGUCAUAUCACACAAGUGGUAAAAAUACAGAGAUAAGGUCCAUAAUAUUACUGUAAAAUUGAUCUGAAAUAACAAAUUAUAAAGAAAGAAUUAUGUGUUUUCAAUACACGUAUGUUUCACAUUGAAAUGCUUCAAUAUAAACAUCUUGCAGGAAAAAGACACAUAUCAAUGUCAGUUUUUGCCAGUAUCCUGUAGUCCUGAUCAAGAUGCACUCUGUUCAUUCAUGAAAAAUACAGGGAAGUGAAAAUGUAAGUGAUAAUGAAGCAUGCAGAUGUAAACUAUCUAAGGAUUGUGCGCAAGAGUUGCUAAAAUUACUAUAAUUAAAUCAAUUAAACCCUAAAACACUGAAUAAAAAUCAGAGAUGCAUGGUAUAAUGAGGCUAUGCAAACGUUCUGCAGCAUGCAUACAAAGAAAUAUUUUAAUUAUUAUAAAUCUGGCCUGGAAAUCGUAGUUGUACAAUUGAAUUUAAAGUCAGAUAUCAAGUUUACAUCUAUUAGCACUUUUGGCAGAGAAAUAAAGUGGGACAUGACAAUUAAGCAAAUAAUUAAUGAGUAAUAUACAGGAGGAAUUAAAUGAUCAAAUGUAUUGAUACAACAAAUGACAGAGCCAGAAUGACAGAGCCAUAUACUCUCAGUAAAUUAAAGGUAAGACAACAAAUAAAACGAACCAUAGAAAUGAAAGACAACAAAACUUAACAGUAUAAACACAAAUAAAAACCAAAUAACUUUACUUUAAUGUUGUUAUUUAACUGUCAUUUCUCGUGUCUAAUGAUUAAGAUUUCAACAUCAAAAAGGCAAGUAGGAAAAAUGUCAAUAUAUGUGUUUUUCAGCAACCCUAACUAAGAAGUGUAAUGGAUGCUAUCUUAACCAUUUUUCAGUGAAAGUGUUGAAGAAGCGUGUUUGUUUGGAUAUCAAACCUGUCUUUUAGGGCAAAGUUAUGACUGUGAUCAAAUGCUGUGUAUUAUUAAACACUGCAGGAGUUCUCCUAUUUUUCUAAAAGCUAAAUAUAGAGGCACUCGGUGAGCUGCAGAAAGCACAGCUCUGUCUCAGAGCGCGGAGAUGUUCAUGAAAGUGUUGUGGUGGUCUGUGUUUGGGACCAGGCGAGCAGGGCCGGUCAGUUUGGGGUCACUGCGGGUUCACCGGACGGUCAUCGGCUCAGGAGGUCAGAGAAGAGCCAGACUGCAGCGGUGGAGGAAGUAGUUGGAGAUGCUGAAGUAAAAGUGCAAUAAAAGUAAAAAGACCCUUAAGUCCUGCGUUUGAAGGUGAAAGUUCAGAGUGUAAGAUGGCGUUUUGUCUUCUGAGGUAACAGGAUGUAACUCAGAUGCUGGAUGAAUAAAGUAAAAUUGAAAAGUACAUUAUAGUAUUUAGAUUUGUAGAAGAGUAGGAAAAAGAAACUUAAUUAUGUGCAGUACUUGAAAUAAAUGUUCUUUUCUUUAAAGUUUAAAGUAUUUCAAAGGGUAAAAAAACACAUGAAACAGAUUUUCUUUUCACUUUUUAUUUAGUUAUUUUUGAACUGUAGUUUAUUUCUGAGAGACAGUUAAAACACCAUUUCUGAAGCUGUCUCUACAACAUGUUUUAUUUUCUUUUUAUAUAGUUUCAUCUGAUUUUGAGGGAUGACAAAGUACCAAUACUCUUGACAAAUGAAAUAACCCUGAAUUAUAACCCUUUGGUAGUCAUGUUGCUUGAAAGAGAAUGAUCAAGAACCGAUUCAAUGUGCUGAAAAUUUUUCCCACCAAAAAAGCCUCAAAAUUUGUUGUUAUGAAUAUAUUUGAUGCUCUUGAUCAAGAAUAGGCAAAGAUAGAAAAAAGUUAUAAUAUCAGGAACCAACUGAAAAUGAGUUUUUCUGCUCCUACAAGAUUAUAUGUUCAGGAUAAUCGAAUCAAUGAAUCUAAAAACUAAUCAGCUGAUAAAUCAAUAACGACAGACUUUAAAAGGAAGUGCAUUUAUUGAAUUUUCAUUUGUGAACGUUAGAGGAGCUUCAUUAAGGUUCGGUCAAUCUGAAACAAGAGCGAUGAUCCUCUUGGUCAUUAUCAGGAUAACUGAAAUCAACAUCAGGCAGCAUGUAGAGCCACACAAUGCAUCGUCGAUACAUCAAAUAACACCACCUAAAUUGGGGUGGGGGGCGCCCUCCUCCCCUCUCCUCCAGUCCAAAUCAGUUACACCGCCCCACCACACACACUUUCUGUUUCUUCUCCCUCCCUCUCAUCAGUCAGCUGGGCUUGUGGCAUGCUCCUGCAUUGUUUUGUGUUGGGAGAGCGCUCGGGCUCCUUCGCUGAUGGGGGGUGGUGUCCUCGUGUGACCCACUAAUUCCAGGUUCAACCAGAGGCCACGGGUUCAAGGGGAUGGAGAUGUGCAAUUUUUCUCGUUUUGUCCCUUUCUCAGAAUGUCUUUCUUCGUUUUCUGUUCGCCGUGGAGGUGAACAGAGAGCUGGCGGGGAGGCUGAGCGAGCCCCACAGAGUACGGAGGCUCUCCUCUGAGAAGUGGUCUCUGAGUGGGAGGGGGUCACUGUUGUUAUUAAUGUAGUUGAAUGAUACACUGAACUGGAAAAUGGAGGCUGAAGCUGUGCUACAAUGGGUGCAGCUGCUGAGGAUUUUGGAGAGAAGGAAAGUCUAAGAUGCCCAUAGAUGCCAACUUACUAACACUACAUCCUGUGCUGGUAUCUCACUGUUAUAGUUUCUUAUUGUCCUUUAAUAAUAGACCUAAAAGCAGCUGAUUUGGUGGCUUCUUGGAUUCAAUUUCAAAUCAGUUUAAUUACUGGAACACUUGCUUAUUGCACUUUUAAGCACUUGUGCCAGGGAUAUGUCCAGAUUCGAAGACUGGGGUGGCCCAACCCAGACUCUGACAUAAACAGGGGUGUCUGUGGUGUUUUUGGUCAAGUCAAACUGAAGGUUAAAGUUCAAUAAAAUUAAAUAAGGUCCAAAAUAAUUCAGAGCAGGUCAAUAAUAACCAAAAGUUGCAACACAAAAGUCUUUGAAAUUUAAUUCUACAUGUUCAUUUUAAGUUACAAAUGAGUAAGAGAACAAAAAAAGUGCUUAAUUUGAAUACAAAGACAAACUGGCCCAGGUUGUUUGCACUUACCAAAUAGUUUAGUUUAGGAUUGAGUUUAGUGGUGGCAGAUAUGAGGCUUAUCUGCUGCAGCUUCAAAAAGUCUGAUAAAGAAAGAUAAGAUGGGUGAUCAUUGACUUGAGGUAUUUUAUCAAAAACUUUAGUCACCGUAUAAUUUUGCUGUAAUUUUAGAUGUUUUGUAACACAAAAUAAUGAAGUUUAUUUAUAAUUACCUUGUUUUAAUACAGCAAAAUAAGGUUUAAUCAGACUGACUGACCUUCAACAUUAGAAAAGUUCUUUCCUGACAAACCAUGUUACAGUCGAUAAGUAAUAGGAUAAGAAUAAGAAGAACUUAAUUAAUCCCUGGAGGGAACAAAUAUUUUGACAAUUCAGUUGCAGUAUUUGCAGUAUUUUAUCACUGUCACUUGUUUUUGUUUUAUUUAACUUUUCAAAAGCAAAUCAAAACUUACAGAAACUUUGUUCCACCUCGCUCUACAAAAACAAACUCAGACGGGUCAAAUCUGAGUCUGCGGACUUGUUAGUCACACUGUGUUGUAUUUUGCGUCAUGUGUGUUUUCUUGUCUUGUGUGUUUUGCAGCCGUGGAGAGCCAGAGCUCCAGCUCAAGCUCAGACGACCUGUUCGCCAGCCCGCCCUCCCCACCACCCCCUCCUCGCACUUACAAGCCCUGUUUUGUGUGUCAAGACAAGUCCUCGGGCUACCACUAUGGCGUCAGCGCCUGCGAGGGCUGCAAGGUAACACGUUAAGCCUGUGGUCCACUUAACACGGAAAAAAAUACACUUUUGUUAUGCUCCAGUAGAGUGCUGAGAAACACGGGGAGGUGACUGCUUUCAUGAGAGCCGCUAUAAGAGGAUAAAGACUGUUUAUCAGUUCAGGAUAAAACCCUUUCAAUGACGACAAAGCUCAAAAGAAAAAUAAAAGGAUCUGCAGCUUUAUUCUGUGUAAGUGGUUUUCUCUGAAUGCUUUAUCAGUUUUUGAUUUUCUUUAUUUGCUCAGAGGAAACACCAGCAUCACUGGGUGGCCUGGACUUUGUCCUGAUGCGUGUUAAACAGCAGUAUCUUUGUCAACAUUACAGUAACAGAAAUCAAUACACAGAUAAAACAUCCUGGUCAAUUAGAUUUACAGCUUCAGUUACACAAAAGAAAAUGAGUCUAAUGUAGUUGUCUGUUUUAAUAAUUCAUCUGUUUUUUAGUUAACUUCAUAGUUCAGUUUCUUUGUUUUGUUGUCGUUGCUGCUUUUUGGGGUCUAUAAAUCUCGAUAUUUUAACAUUUGUCUGUAUGAUAAACUCUUAUCAGGGUGUCGUCUCCCUAAAUUAGUCCUGUAACACUGUGAAAGCCCAUACUUUGUUGCUGUUUGUGUUUUUUUGUAUACAUGUUUUCUUCACUUCGGUAGAUGUCUUUCACUGACCCUCUUUCAUGCUUUUACGUCCAGUCUGCCCUCUUUUUUUAUCUGUGAGGCUGGAAUCAGAAACAGUACACUAUAUAUGCCAUUAUUUCUUUCCACUAAAUAAUUUGAUGCAGUUAUGUGUGAUCAGGUUGUGUUGCCUUUGCUAUUUAGAUUUAAUUACUAUUGUUCAGGAGUUCUGACCAAUCAGAUUCAAGCACUUAGCACAGAGGGAUAAUUAGCAAGAAAGCCAGGUAAUGGCUUUUGUUUUGUGCGAAGUUCUUGUAUUUUUGCGAAAAUUUGAACUCCAUUUUCCCAAAAAACAAAAAGCAUUUUAGGGAAUUUCUACUGUAAAAGUGAUUGAUCUGCAUACAUCUACAGUUUCUCCACUAUGUUAGCUUUAACGUAAAAGAAGUUGAUCAAAGCUCCACUGAGUAACUUUUAAUUCGUGUUGUCGGCGCCCCUUGUGGACAAAUAGAUGCACUUUUUUUAUAGUGUCACAUGUCACCUAUUUAGAAUUUUUGCCUUCAUAAAUUAAAGCCGCAUGCUGCAUGAACGGGCGCUCACUCCUCUGUUUAAAUUGUAGCGUCUCAUAGCUACAAGGUUUGUAGCAGCUGUUUGUUGCAGCUGGGUCAGAUUAGAGCAUGUUCAGCUCACAACAUAGAAUCAAGAUUAUUUCCUGUCUCAUGGCAAAACUUAAAAACUUGAGGAUUGGAUGCGCCUGCGUUUACAAAACUCCAGUUUCACUUUGUUCUACAACCAGCUAAAAACUCAUCAGAGGAGCUGUAAAUACACAAUAUCUCCUAACUAUAUUUUCUUCUGCUUUAAAGUCACUCAAACAUUGAAAUAAAAAAGGCCAUUAUUUCACAAUGUAAGGAUUUAUUUGCAGGAUAUUUCCCUUUCAUGUAUUUGUACAGAAACUCAUGGUCCCUAUGGAUUUAUGACUGUCUAUUAAAACACUGAUUGUUCCUUUAAUGCUUUCAGUGAAUCAGAUUUUGGCAUAGUUCUUAAAGUAUUUCAUCAUGUACUGAUUAAUUUAUGGUAUUUAAGUCAAACAGAUAAAUAUGUCAUCUUUACUGCAGCAUUUUUAUCUUCCUGUGUUCUUGUUUGCACAACAAUACUCCCCUAAAAACCCUUUAAAAAUUUGAGUAAACAAACCUGUUUUUCUUGUCAAACAGACUCCAGGUGGAAUGUUUUCAUAGUGUGGUAACUUCAAAUUAUUAAUACCUUCUCUCUGCAGGGCUUCUUCCGCCGCAGCGUGCAGAAAAACAUGGUGUACACCUGCCACCGGGACAGAAACUGCAUCAUCAACAAGAUCACCAGAAACCGCUGUCAGUACUGCCGCCUGCAGAGGUGCUUCGCCGUGGGAAUGUCCAAGGAGUGUGAGUUUCCCUCUCUGUGUCUCCCUCUGGUGAUUCAAAGAGAUAAAGAAGCUCGAGUGAAUCUUGACUUAUUGUUAUAAACACUCCGAGAGCAGGUAACAACAGAUUCAAGGACGGGUUCGACUGAUAGUUGACGACAGAUUUCCAGUCUCUUUGGUUGGAGAGGGAAAUGUCUCAGAGGUCACUGUCACAAAAGGUGAUUAUUAACCCAGGCCUCUUAUUUUUGUUUGGCACAACCUGUUAUGUAAGUGAAUCAUAAAAGAUGAGAGGUUUACAGGCGUACUUGAACAAAAGAAACUCGUGUAGUGUUGAUCCGAACACAUGCAGUAUAAUAACAGAGAAACUUUAAUAACACUCCUAUUUAGAAUAGUUUGGCACAGUGCAAAACAUCUAACCUCUUCACAGGUAACAAAGUGUACUGUUGGCAUCAUGUGUUUAAUUUUAAUGGUGACCAAAUACUUUCUAAGUGUUCUUGAAUGCAUCAUAAGAAGAAACAUGUGAGCAGCCAUGUGAGUAAGUGGAGGUAAUAUCUGUUUUUAGAGGGUUUGUGUUGCUGUUUCGACUCCCUGUGACUAGGGAUGGGUGAUAAAUUAUAGUUCUCGAUUUAUCAUCAGAAAAACAUUUGCUAUCUCACGAUAAAUGCAAUAAGAGUUUUGAAUAAAUGUUUUAAGUUUUUUCACAUUUCAGACUUGAAAUUUCAGUUUGAUGUCACUAGUUUUCUCCAUAAACUACCACUUAAAGUUGUGUUUAAGUAUCUAAUUUUACUACGCCCACUGGUAAGCGCCAUCCAAGAACUAUGAUUGUGGUGUCCUCAAGACAGAAUGAUUCAGAAACACUGAUAGGAAUUAUAUUUUUUUAUCGUGACUUUUAUCCUUAUCACCAAAUUGGCAAAACUUACUAUGAUAAUUUUUUUCGCCCAUAUCGCCCAUCCCUACCUGUGACUCCAAAUGAAACAAUUUUACAACUAAAAUGGAAACCCUUUCAACUGCACCAGCUCCAAGAAACUCCUUAACGCCUACUGUACUUUUUACAACCUGAUCUACACUUCAAACUAUUUAAGCAAGCUGUCAAAAUCUAGACAACUCUAAUCAGGAAACCUGCAGGGGUUUUAAGUUGUUUUUUUACACCCUGCUGCUAAAGGGGCCAAAAAUCUCCAAUUAUCCAACCAUUUUUAUUUUUGCAAGUUUGGAUCAAAUUUAUGAGCAUUUUAAAUAGAAUAGAAUGUAGAAUAUUCCUUUAUUGAUCCCCCAUGGGGGAAAUUUUUUUUGUCACAGCAGCUCCUAUCAGGAGUUUAAAGCUCCUAUCAGGAGUUUUUUGUCAUUUGUGAAAUAGCUUUAUAAUUCGUAAUGAUGUCUUUUCAUGUCAUCUGAAAGCAAACAAGACCAUCAGCAACAAGACUGACACUUUUUAAACCUAAUUUUAAAUGCUCUAAAUCAGUGUUGGGGGGGUAUGUGUCAGAAACGGUCCUAUUUGUAGAGUUUAUACUAAAAUUUACUGUAAAUAAUACUCUGGACCAUCAAAAGUCAGCAGGAUUAGAUUCCUGGUCAAAAGCCAUUACUUAGGCCUGUAGGGGACAUGAUUUAAAAAAAAUACUCUUUUGACCACAGGGGGCGCCAAAAAAGACACAAAAACAAAGUUCCCAACAGGAGCUUUAAAUGUGUUUACAAACAACUUAAACUUGCUUUUACUGGAAAAAGCAAACACACACACACGCAUACUCUUCUCCUCCUGUUGUGUCUCUUUACUUUGUGUGUCCGAUCUGUUGACAGUAUCCAUCAGCAGCAUGUUCAUUUAGAUGGUUUUAAAAUGUGAAAUGAGGGAAAUUAGACAUACUUAAACAUCUUAUUUUACAACAAUCCAAAACUAACUGUGCAGAUUAGCUUCAGCAGUAACCAUCUGUACAUAACAUCUAAAACAGCGAUAUAAAAAGGUUGAUAUUUAGUAUGAGACAAUGAAAGUUUAUCUCUGCAUGAGCAGGAGAAUCUCAUCCUCUGAUCACCUGCACAGCGGGAGUCAGUCAGGCACUGCAGAUUACGAUACAGAGAGUGACAAGAGAUCUUAGAUGGCAAGCUUAGUGAAUCUCAUCUUGUUUCUGAGUAUAAGAACAGAGCUGAAAAAUCUCUGUGACAAAGUUUAAUCAUCUUUCUCACAAAAGCUAAUGAGUUUCUGUUUAGUUUGUCGGUCAGUAAUGUGGAGGAGGAAAGCCUGGACAGUGAAACAGAAACAAAGGUCAGGGUCGAUCUCUGUGCUGCUCUCUCCCCGUGUCAAUGAUUUAUUUUUCCAGAAACCAGCUGGUCAUGAGCAAAACACUAAAGCAUGUGAGAUUUACAAGAGGAAAGAGGCUGUUUUGGUUUUCCCAAUUAGGAAGCUGACCCUGAUGGUGGCUGGGGAAACAGUGUCUCCUAAAUGUUGGUCUUGGAAACGUCUCUAACAAGCUUUUUUCCUCUUGACUUGGAAAGUUCAAAGAUUUUCUGGAGUAAAAAAAAGAGUAACCCAGUUUCUCGAUGUUAAUGGGUCAUAUUAAAACCUCCUGAGUCACGAUGAAGGAGGAAUCCUGAUGCUGAGAACUUUAGAGAAACAGACUGAAACUGCACGAUGAACAGCAGCAACACUCGUAAAAGACAGAAACAAACUCUGAGUUACCCAAAAGUAAAGUGACCUAAAUUAGAGAGUGUGUGUGUGUGUUAUGUAGAAUGAUCUGUAGGAUAGCGAUAGGGCUGCAGCGAAGGAUCCACCCCUCCACAUGUCCGUUGUUGCUCCUCCACUCUCAGACACUCACACAUUACAUAAAUACAUCACAUGUAUCGGACAGAUGGAUGCUAUGUAACCGCUCGCCGUCUGCCUCAGCCGCUGUGUAAUAUGAUCUCACUAGGAGUGUUUACACAAUGACGACUAAAUGUAGGGCACCCAGAGAGAGGAGGAGGAAGAGGAAGAGGAGGAGGAGGAGGGGGUGAGGUGGGGAGGUGGUGAAGGGGGAGGAGAUUUGUAGUAAGGACAGCAGAGAGCGAGGUGUUGCAUAAUCCUGGACGCGGCAGACAUGUGUGUAGCUGCUCGGAUCGAGUCAGUAGGACGACAGAAACGUGUUGACACGGUUACAGAAGUGAUUAUGAAAGGCUAACCUGGUUUAGGCGGCUUCACGUGCUCCCCGGUGUAACAGAUAAUCCACUCAGCUGGAAGCCAACUCUCUUAACCAGAGACGGAGUUUCACUGCAGCAGACGGCUCACAGACAGGUCUUCUCAGAAACUGUUUUUCUUCUCCACCUGACCUGAACUGAAUCCUGUUUUCAUACUCGGUUUAUUUUUGUCAUAGUUCAGGUGAGCUCCCUCAUAACUCCGCCAGAGUUUCCAGUUUUUUUUACACCGCAGAGUUAUUUUUGGAAAAUAUUCAUCCACUUGUGAAACACUCUCUCCACUUGGUUGUAAAAUACCGACACUUCGUCGCUGUUCUCAGCUCGACAAACACCCAAACCACACUUGAAAUGAAAAUACUAACUUACCACAGCAUGAAUAGGGGCUCAAAGUCAGCUGUGGUGGAAAACUAAGGGGGUUACCAUAGUUACCAGUAACCAUAGUUCGGUCUAGGGUGUUUAUUCGCUUGUUUCACUCCAUUUUUGUGCGCCAUAUUCUAUCCCAAACACACAAAUUAAUACAAGAGAUGAGGGUUUCCUUAUCAAACAUAGUUAAGAGGUGAAACAUUGUGAGGGUUUGUUGUGUUGAAAUGAUGUAACAGAUAAAUCGACAUUCUCUCUCACCUUCCUCCAGGUGAGCUCCUCCUUGUUUCUGCGUCUGUAUUAAAAACAAGUCAUUUCCUGUAGCUCAGGUAGCUGCAUACUGUCACCAUCAGAAGACUGAACCUCCAUCAGCGCCACUUUCAUAAAAUAUGUCAACAGGAAAUCUUUAAUGAUUUGGAAUUUCCCCCCGUGGGACUAUUAAAGGAACAUCUUAUCUUAUGAUGAGGUAUGAGUGAAUGAAGCGAAUACUGUGUAGAAUAAUUUCCAAAAUUUGCGCAGACCUCAUAACUGAUCAUGCCUUUGCGUUGACUCUUUAUUUGAGUUUGGUGUGAACACAACAUCAGGCAUGUCGGCCUCUCUGGGUUUUUGGUCCUGCUGAUUAUUGGGCUUAUUUUGGGUUUGAGGCCCAUCAUCUGUUUCUGUCUUUGACUUUUCAGUCGAUCAUUAAAAUAAAUCAAUUAAAAAGUUGUGUUAGUUUAUCUCCACUGCCAAUAUGUCUUCCCCUCUGGUUUUGUUUAUUUGCUUCUCCUGAUGUCCCUCCCACAUCGCCUAAUGUACUGGCUAGACGUCACAUAACCGUGUGAUGUAACUGUACUGUGAGUGUAACUUGUAAACUGAUAACUCUUUCUGUAGUUUUGAUCAAUUUCAGACAUUGGUGACGUGGUUUCAGUCCUGAUGGUGACCCUUAAGUCCAACCUCCGCUCAGACUUGUGUCUGUUUUUGGACAGCCACCAUCAGCUGCUCGGUUUUCCUCGUUAUCAUAGCCGAGUUGUUUAAAAACUUCUUGUUCAAACCGAUUAGUUUUUGUGCGAACUGUCCAGAUAAAGCUGAAGAGGAAAUCUGUUAUCUAUUUUUAGCACACAUGAUCACAUCUGUUUGUUUAUCUUUUGGUCGUGUGUCUGAACGUCUUUUAACCUGCGCUGUGUUUUCCCUCAGCUGUAAGAAAUGACAGGAAUGGGCGGAAGGCGAAGAAGGAGGCGGUGAAGAUGACGAUCAUGGAGACGUACGAGCUGACGGCGGAGCUGGGGCUGAUCGUGGAGAAGAUCUGCAGAGCCCACAGAGAGACCUUCCCCUCUCUCUGCCAGCUGGGAAAAUACACCACAGUGAGUGAGAAGAUAAUAUCACCUUCAGAGUGGAGAAGAUCAACGCUGUGGAGAGUUUUAUGUUGAUAUGAAGUACAAAGACAGCAUAUUUAACGCUGAGACUGUAAAAAAGUGUUUUAUAAAAAUAAUUUCAUCAUUUGAAUUUGAGAAUUUUAGGAUAUUUCACAGAGGUUGGGGCAGGAGACACAAAACACAAAAUAAGAUGAGUGCGAAAGCAAAGAGUGAAACAGUAAAAUUUCAGGAUUUCGUCAUCUGAAGUGAAUAAUAUGAAAAGAUUCAGGGAUGGCCUUUACUUGAUGGCUUUAAUACGAAAGAGGAUCAGGGCCACAUAAAGAGAAAAAAAAUAAUUACAGGAAGGAGAUUGAAGACAAAAUUUCGAGAUUAAAGUCAAAAUUCAAAGAAGUUGAAAUUUUGACUUGACUCAUGUUAACUUUAAUCUUGAAAUUUUAACAUUAAAAAAAAUCUAAAUUAUGUCAAUAGUCAGAAUUUCGACUUUUUAAAAAUUUCGACUUUAAUCUCAAAAUGGAAAUUAAUAAAAUCUCCCUCCUGUAAUAAUUUUUGUUCUCCUCUUGUGGCCCUAAUCCUCUUCAUACUUUAAACUUUGUGCUCUCGUGCCACUGCAUUAAAAACAGAUGCGUCUCUGUAGUGAUAUUCACUGCAUGGGACCAAAGUCACUGUAAAAAACGAGUCUUUGUGAACACAAACCAUAAAGAGAGAACGAGUCUUCAACAUGAUCCAGAAGCACAGACUUAUUUAAGGUGGGCUGAGGUGAAACAGAAUCAAAAUUUGACAUUUUUUUGGAAAUCAUGGAGAGAAAAGGAGAGGACAUUUGAAAGCGUACAGGUCCAUGUCAGGGGAGAUGUCUGCAUUAAUGCUGAACAAUAAGGAGCAACAUAUGCUGCCUUUCAGAAAUGACCUUUUUCAGCAAGGACCUCGCAAAUCUGAGCGAUACAGCACCAAAACACAUUCUGGAUUUCUUAGUGGAAGAGUCUGAGUUAUAAACAUGCAAGAUGACGAAUGAGACUUCAGAUUGUUUGGCAGUUAGAAUCCUACAUCAGGCACAAAUGAGGCAACAUUUCUGGUUUCUUAACAUGUACGGAGUUGUUAAAAUUAGAGGUAAAGCCACAUGAUGGUAAAGAUUUUUUUACACUUUGCACAAUGUCCCAACUUUUGUGAAACUGGGGUUGCAGCUCAUUCGUGAAUCAUAUGGUUUGAAUCUUAUACUAAAGAGAGCUCAACAAAGCCUCUUAUAAAAGGUGCUUGUAGGACUGUUUUUCAUUCAUACAUAAUGUAAAGAUCGUCGUGCGCGUCACGAAUCAACAUAACUGCAAAUCCCUGUGUUACAUAAUAGUUAUCUAAGGAGGAGGAUGUAGCAGGGAGCGCCUUUCCUCAUGAUAAUGAUAAUGAUAAUAAUAAUGAUACACGAAUGUUUGUCACAACACGUGUUUGUGGUUUGACCACUCAGCAGAAAUGAGCGAUGCUGGGAAGAACGAGAAACACAAGGAAAUACAGGAGGAAAAAUAAACCUGAUGAGCUGUUCAUUAAAAAUGUCGUUUGUUUGUCUCUAGAGAUAAUUUUCUGAUUCAUUUCAAAGUCCAAAGAGAAACCUCAUCUUUUAGUGUUUCUGUUUUAUUUUCUCUGUAAUUAUAACAAAUACAAACAUGAGACUGUUUCUUUUUGUCCCAGAACUCCAGCUCGGACCACAGGAUCCAGCUCGACCUCGGCCUGUGGGACAAAUUCAGCGAGCUCGCCACCAAGUGCAUCAUCAAGGUGGUGGAGUUUGCAAAGAGGGUGCCUGGUUUCACCGGCCUGACCAUCGCAGACCAGAUCACCCUGCUGAAAACCGCCUGCCUGGACAUCCUGGUACAUCUUUCUGUUGUCUUAAAGUCCUAAACUUGACAAUCUUGUAAAUCUGAUGGUCCUGUUUGCUAUUUUGAACUACACAAAAACAUCAGUCUGAAGGUCAGCAAACUCCUCACAGGAGCUUUAACCUUUAGUGGAUCUUGACUUAUUCUGACAGCUGACAUUUACAGUCAAACUGACGAGUAGCAGCUGCUCGUCUGUCGUCACCACAGGGCGUGAUCGUUGACUCUGACGUUCCGGGGGAGUGCCACUUAGCAACCACUCUGUUUUGUUUGGACUGUACAUGUGUUUCCCUGAAGAGGCUUUCGAGGAAGUCUUCGUUUUUUUUUUUCACUCCCUCUCUGGCACCAGUUUAAACCCGAGUUAUGUAACACAGGUGAAGGGGAUCACACAGGCUUUCUUUCUUUCUGUUCGGGUUUUUAAAACUUUAUUUGGCACCGACUUCGACUGGAGUUAAAAUAAUUCACAUUGAUAAAAAACAGGAUACCUGCAAAAGAGAACAUCAGAACAAAGAGGAAACAGAUUUUUACAGAUGCAGCCGACAAGGAAACAUCAGAGGAGUGAAAAACCCGAACAACGAACUCGUUUACCUCGUCUCUACUGUAGCCUGGAAAUUAACCCUUUCAUGUAGAAAUCAUCAAGUCACAAAACAAAUGAAAGGUCAACUUAAUGGAUACACAAAGAAACAGAACAUAAUAUAUGUGGAGGAGAAAUUUGAGGAAAAACAUCGCUCUUUAUCCCAAAACUUACGAUAUUUAUUUAAAUCUGAUAUGGCAACUAAGUCCAUGACUUUCCUCUCAGUCUGUUUGUGUGUUUUUCAUCCUCAAAGGUAACCAUACACACACAUCUCUGUCCCCAAAUUAAGUGUCACCUCCUAAAAAUGAAGGAUAAAAUUUAAAGCUCCUGUAAGGAACUUUCACUUUGUGUCCGUUUGGUCGUUCUUUUGUCUGGUUUUCUGAAAUGAGACUUAACUCGGUACAUCCACUCUUCUGCUCCCCAUUUUUAAUUUCUGAUGAUUCAAGAUCUUGAACUGACAAAAAUAAAGAAAACUAAAUUAACUUUGUUCAGGGAUUCACUGCCUUGUGGUUGAGAUCUGUCACACAGACUGUGAAAUGAUAGACGUCUGUUAAUCCCUCUUCUUACACGAGCUGCUCUUACUCUGUACGAGAGGGGAUUAUAAGUCUAAGAGUCGGACUUUUAAAGGAGGAGUUUCCAAUUGGAGUUUUCUCUGAUUCUGAAAUAGUGUUACUUAUGCGGCUUCAUAACCUGCAUAAUUAAAUAAGAUGAUCAUGAUUAACUCUUUGUACUGAGUUUAGGUACCUGUGUUUGGGGCACAGAGGUUAAUACUGAGCGCUCACAUUGAAGUGUCUGCUGGUGAAGUUUGAAGCUUUAAUGAUUUUCUUUAUGCAGAAUGUUUUAUAGUCACGACUGAGACUGGAGCGGGAUUAGAGAAUAAACAUCCGUUUUUUCAUAAAUACAGUACGAUACGAUUGACCCAGCUUCUGCUCUCCUGUAAAGUUUUUUUUUCUACAUUCAUGAACUUUAUUUUUUCUUUGUUUUUUCUUUUUCUGCAGAUUUUGAGGAUUUGCACUCGCUACACUCCGGACCAGGACACCAUGACUUUCUCCGAUGGGUUGACCCUGACCCGGACUCAGAUCCAUAAUGCCGGAUUUGGACCUCUGACUGAUCAGGUGUUCACGUUUGCUGGCCAGCUGUUGCCCCUGCAGAUGGACGAAACGGAGAGCGGACUCCUUAGCGCCAUCUGUCUCGUCUCUGGAGGUACUGAAGAAACGACAUCAGAUAAUAUAACAAUAAAUUAUGACAAGUGAGAUUUUACUCAUUCAUUCACCUGUCAUGGAGACUGAGUUUGUCUGUUAAAGACGGAGUUGAUCUGUUUGUCUGCACAGACCGUCAGGAUCUGGAGGAGCCCUCGAAGGUGGAGGUGCUGCAGGAGCCGCUGCUGGAGGCGCUGAAGAUUUACUCCCGCAAACGGCGACCCAGCAUGCCGCUCAUGUUCCCCAAAGCCCUCAUGAAGAUCACCGACCUGCGCAGCAUCAGCGCCAAAGGUCAGAGAGCAACAACAAUAACGUUUCUAAGAGGUUAAAAAAAGAGAAGAUGACCAAGCCUUUUCUCACCUGCACAUCAUUCUCUCAAGUCUUGGCUGUCAGAAGAAGAAAUACUGGGAUUGGAAAGGAAGGUUGGAUGGAAAAAGAGGAUAGACAGAAAGAAGAGAAGAAGGAAAGGAAGGAAGGAAGGAAGGGGAGAAUAGAUGGGAAAAAAGAGGAAAGGAAGGAAGGGAAUAUAGGAAUGGAUAGAGAAAAAAGAAAGAGAGAAAGGAGGAAAAAAUUGAGGAAUAAGAAAGAAAGACAAGAAGGAUGGAAGGAGGAAUAGAAGGACAGAAGAAAGAAAAGAAGGAAGAAAGGAAAUGAAGGAAAAAAGAGAGGAUGGAAGAGGGAAAAAAGACGAAAACAAAAGGAAUGAAUGAAACUUUCUUCUAACCGACCUACCUGUCUUCCUUCCUUCCUUCCUUCCUUCCUUCCUUCCCUCCUUGUUGGUCAUUUAACUGUUACAUGUAUAUGAAGAGUGUUUGUAUCUGGUAUGGACAUAAACAGGUGUGACGUUCACUUCAUGAACACAGGUGUUUGUUUCCACAGGAGCUGAGAGGGUGGUGACCCUGAAGAUGGAGAUCCCCGGCUCCAUGCCCCCUCUGAUCGAGGAGAUGUUGGAGGAUCUGCAGAACCUGGAGAAACACCAGAACAAACACUCGGACACAGCCGCUCCCCUCAGCACAUGAAACCCUCUCAAGUUUAUUUCAAGUUUCACUCUGAAGCUGCUCAAAGACUCUCGGUCCGGUUUUCCCUCCUGGACAAAAACACUAACAAGUCCUCCAGCUGCGGUCCAGAGGGAGUCCUGUGUCUUACCUCAUGUGUUUGUCUGGAGAAGAGUGAGUGGAUAUUCACAGAUUGUGUUUAAGAGUUGUUACACUAAUGACGAAGCUGAUUGAAGAAGAGCUCGUUUCUUUGUUCUGCCUUGAGGAGGAAAAGAUGCAGGAGUUAAAUCUGUGCUUUAUUUCUAACUCCCCUCUCUGCAGACUUCACGUAACCGCUCCAGCGUCUCUGUUUCAGGUUCCUGCUGUAUUUAUAUUUGCAUGAGAUGUCACACAGAUUCAUUUUACCUCAUGAAAUAGCAACAUCUUUAGAGUUAGCGUAGAAAAAAUAGUUUGUUUCUCACCUUUCACCUUUGUCUUUUGAACAUGUAAAGAGGAAAAGCUCUGAUUUAACUCAAACAUAUUUAGAGAAAAAGGCAGAUUUAUAUUUACAAAAGGGAAACUUUAAAUAUAUGAAAGUAUAACUCAUGAGAGGCGGAUGCAGAUACAGCUCAGUUCACAGAAAAUACGAAACACUGUAAAUACAUUUAAAGGAAAAGUCAGCGAUUUUUGAAUAUCUCUCUCUGAGUGGCGUGUUGGAGGUUGAGAUCCAUAUCAAUAUCAAGUUGUGGGUAAAGUCUGAGAUUUUAUGGCAAAUAUGAUAAGAAAUACUCUGUAGUUCAUUGUCCAAAGUGUGACAUCUUUUCUGAGGAAAAUUUACAAAGUGAUCCGACUUCUUGCCUAAAGGUCCUUUCACACCAGGGCUGUUUUUGUCGUGCGAUUAUUUCGGACGUCAACAUUUUUUUCGAACCCGUAUCCUGUCAGUACAAGCGUUCACAACAGCGAUGUUUUCCCAUCCUGCGAUAUCGCAGCAUUUAUUUUUUCGUUUCACUGUAAAUUUUUCCAAAGUUUCUCAUACUGUGUGUCCACUAAUGACCAAUCAGAUUCACCGGUAUAUCCAACAUGGCCAACCGGCUGAUUGUUUACGUAUCGGAGAACAGAGUGCUUUUUUACAAAGGCCAAUCAGAGGCAAGGGGGCGGGACUUCCCCCGGCAAAUCUUCCCCGGGAUUCUUCCUUUUCCCCCCCGGAAAGUUGCAAAAUCGCAUCGGGCUUGAUGUGUAUAGUCAGGCGUGUCAUAAUUCGCCUCUGAAUAUUUCGUAAUUUUGCGUUCUAUACUUGCGUCUGCCUGGGUGUGUAAGGACCUUUAAACUGCACAAAAAUACUACUUAAUAAGCAGCCAGUAGUCUUGAAAUAAAACAUGCAAAAUUAUUAGAAUCAGUUUUUUUUCACCCUAAAAUAUUUUGAAUCAACUGUUCUUAUUUUGUCAGAAAAACGUGGAGAUGUAGUUUCUACUAACAAAGUCAGAACCUAAAGAGAGAUUGUGAGAUAAAGUGCAGCAUGAAACCACAAAUGUAUUAAUAUUAUUAUUAUUAUCAUACCUGUUUUUACCGAAUAAACGAACAAAUAAAUAUCAGAACAGAUUUAUUUUAUUUCAGGAGCCCUUCGAUCACAUCCAGACAACCUUUAUCCUUCUGUUUUCUCUCCAACAGAAGUCAAACUCUAGUGAAUUGUUUUGCAGUAUCAAAUAUAUAUAAAGAUUUUGUACAUUGUAAGUAAGCUAAACAGUGUUAUUUUUAAGUACAUGUUUUAAUCUCAGAUGGUAUAUUCACAGUUAGGCCUGAAUUUUCCUAAAAAUAACCGAUUUUACUCUGUCGAUACUGAUCUUUUCUUUGUUCUUCCUAAUUUUGAAGCGUUUUCUACUGCGAUAACUUUUGUAUUUCAUUUAACAAAACUUGUACACCCUUCCAAAGGCACCAGUGAAAGAGACAAAAAUCGAAAACAUGAACAGGAAUGUUUGAUGAGUAAUUAAAUCUGGAACUUGGACGGUAAUUGUGCCUAAAAAAAACAACAGACUCUCCAUGAAUCGUUGUGAUAAUUUAUAACAUUUGUGUACAAACCUGAAAGAGAUCAUGUGCCUACUCUCAGCGUGCCAACAGCUUCCAUUUCUGGACAUUUUUCAUGUUUUACAAAAGUAUUAAACCUGGAACAGAUCACUUCUCAUAUGUUUUGUUGGUCUAUUAAAGUCUUGUGUACUGAG